AGCAAUCAGCGUAGGUAUCCAGCUUGGAUGGGGGACCAUACGGAUCCUCGCUGGUGCAGAGGAUCUAAAGAAUCUGGGAGCCUGGGGAAGGCAGGGAACCCAAGAUUUUGGUGUGUAUGUGGUGGAGGAGGGUGCCAUAGAAAGCCCCGCCUCCUAGCAAAACUAGGACUCUGAAGGUUUUCGGCAAACCGAACCCUUUUGGAUGUAAAGCUCGAAAAGCGUCUGCCAUACACGUAUCUUAGCCUCAGACUGCAAGUAACAAAUCCUGAGGGACCCGCCAUUCCUCCUUCAGAAUGCCAGAGGGCCCAGAGCUGCACCUGGCCAGUCACUUUGUGAAUGAGGCAUGUAAGGGGCUGGUAUUUGGUGGGUGUGUGGAGAAGUCCUCUGUCAGCCGGAACCCUGAGGUACCUUUUGAGAGCAGUGCCUACCAAAUAUCAGCUUUAGCCCGAGGCAAGGAGCUGCGCCUGACGUUGAACCCCCUGCCUGGGGCCCAGCCUCCUCAGAAGCCAUUGUCCCUUGUCUUCCGCUUUGGUAUGACUGGAUCCUUCCAGCUGGUGCCUGCAGAUGCACUGCCGCCCCAUGCCCAUCUACGUUUUUACACGGCCCCACCUGCCCCCGGGCUUGCACUUUGCUUCGUAGACAUCCGCCGUUUUGGUCACUGGGACUCUGCCGGUGAAUGGCAGGCAGGCCGUGGACCCUGUGUCUUGCUGGAGUACGAACGAUUCAGAGAGAAUGUACUUCGGAACCUAUCAGACAAAGCCUUUGACCGGCCCAUCUGCGAGGCCUUAUUGGACCAGAGGUUCUUCAAUGGCAUUGGCAACUAUCUGCGAGCAGAGAUCUUGUACCGGCUGAAGAUUCCCCCUUUUGAGAAGGCCCGUACAGUUCUAGAGGCCCUGCAGCACUGCCGGCUGAGCCCAGAGCUGACCCUGAGCCAGAAGAUCAAGGCCAAACUGCAGAACCCAGACCUGCUGGAACUGUGUCACUUGGUGCCUAAGGAAGUGGUUCAGUUGGGGGGCAAAGGCUAUGGGCCAGAGCGUGGGGAGGAGGACUUUGCUGCCUUCCGAGCCUGGCUGCGGUGCUAUGGCGUGCCAGGCAUGAGUUCCCUGCGAGACCGACAGGGCCGCACCAUCUGGUUCCAGAUCAGGUGGACUCCAGAACUGUCCUCAUUCCCUUUUAGGGUGAUCCCGGACCCUUGGCACCCAAAGGGGGCAGAUCCCGAACAAAGAAGUCACAGAAAGCACAGCUGGAUGCUGAGGACAGAAAAGAGGACCGUACACUUUCAAGCAAGUCCAUUUCUAGGACUCGAAAGGCCAGGAAACACCCUCCUAAGAAUAAAGCUCAACAGCCUGAAGGGACCAGCCUCCAACAAAACUUGGAACCCCCUACAGCCUCUAAGACGGGAAAGAGAAGGGGGCGACAGGCAACCACAGGUCGCCGCAGACCCCCAAAGAGUAAGACUGAUACCCGAACCAGGGAGGCUGGGAGACCUUCAGCCUCAUAAAUAGAUGGCACUCCCUCCCUGUUGCCUUGCUAUAAAUCCAGGGGCAUGCCUGAAUCCCUAGAGGCCGUAUUUGUAGGGCUGUAUGCCUUAGCCCCCAUGACUUUUCCUGCACAACUGUUUUUUAAGACAGGGUCGCAUAUAUCCUAGGCUGGCCUUGCGCUCAU